AUGUCCUGGGUGUUUCAUCUGCUGUGGAUGUUUCUGGUGCUGAUGCUGUUUUUCAUCGUUCUGCGACGGAUAUAUUACUUCGGGCUGCAGGUGCAUCGACCAGCAACAAACCAAUCGCGCAGUCAAACUUCACAACGCUUCGCGGUAUUCACUAUUUACCAGAAUGAUCACCGGACGGCUCAACAGCAUCCACCAACGGAACGCAGUCAACCUCCUGCUUACACGGAACCGCCACCGCCUCCAAAAUAUGAUGAAGUGAUAAAAACACCGGGCCUGUUUCAGAAACCUCCACCAUAUACAGCGACUACCGAAGCGUAA